AUGACCGAGGGUCACGACUUCAACAGAUUUCCUCCCCCUAUGCUUGAGAAGCCAACCACGUGGACCAUGGCUUCCGUCACGCCCCCCGGACGGUAUAACAAUUUCUCAGAAGCUCAUGAGCGACACCGAAAGCUCUUCGAUAGACCUCUCCUUCACCCUUGGGAAGAUGUGUUGCCGCCAGGAGUUGAUCAGAAACUUUUUGACGCAGUGAUCAAUGAGUUGGUUGAACUACUAGGUUCCGACGGUGUCUUCGUCGGGAAAGCGCUGGUAGACUAUGUAGACCCAUUCGAACUCUCCGAGGCAGAAGGUAAACGCAGGCAGCCAAGUGCUGCAGUCUGUCCUCGAUCGCUCGAUGAAAUCAAAGGCGUCUUACAAAUCGCGAACAAGAACGCCAUACCUCUCUGGACGUUCUCACGAGGCAAAAACCUUGGGUAUGGAGGACCGGCACCAAUUCUCCAAGGAUCUCUCAUCAUCGACCUCCAUCGGUUGGGUGAAAUUAUCGAAGUUAAUGAGGAGUUCGCCUACGCAGUUGUCGAGCCGGGCGUUACUUUCAAGGAGUUAUUCGAUCAUUGUGUCGAAAGCAAACUAAAGGUCUGGCCUAGUGCACCUUCUUUGCCGUGGGGCAGCGUUAUUGGGAAUACCCUCGAUCGCGGUAUGGGUUUCCUUCCGACCGGCGUCCAUUCCCAACAGAUAGCUGGGCUAGAGGUACUCUUAGCCAAUGGAGACGUUGUGCGGACAGGUCACUUCGCCAACAGCAAGUCAAAAUCUGGCCACUUAACCAAGCAUAGCUUUGGACCGUCUAUCGAAGGGCUGUUUCUGCAGAGCAACCUAGGAAUAGUGACCAAAUUGGGCAUCUGGCUGACUCCCCAACCGCACAGUUAUAUGAUGUGUAACCUUUCCGUUCCCGAUAUGAAGGAUGUGAAGAUUCUUGUCGACCUUCUUGCGCCAAUGCGGAGGAAUGGCCUUAUUCCAGGGACGGUGUGGGCAUGCUCUGGAACGGAAGUCCUGGCCGCCAUGCAUAAACGUGCCGAGAUCUGGAAAGAACCCGGUCCAAUUCCGCAUUCGCGGCUUGGGGAACUCCUAAAGGAAUUCGGCAUGGGACUCUGGAACGCAAUGUUUGGUCUCUAUGGUCCUAAGUCCGUUGUCGAAGCUCAAUUCAAUGAGAUCAAGGCAAUUGUGGAAAAUCAAGCGCCAGUGGCUCAGUUCAGGGGUAAUAUCUACGGUGGUAAAGAUUCAGGACUGGUGGAUGUCUUGUCCAUCCCCGAGCUCGAUGGCGGUAUGUGGGCUGGCGUCCCAAAUUUUCUUUCAUGGGAAGGACUCAAGUGGAAUCUUCCUCUUAAUUCCUCCGCAAGCCAGCCAUCCCAUCGAGACUAUGCGCCCAUUAUUCCCGCUAACGGUGAUACGGUUUUGGAGUGGGCCGAGGUUUCCCGCCGGAUUUGCGAAGAGGAAGGUUUCGACAUCUUUUGCGACUUUUUCAUCCUCGAGAGACACGUCAUCUUUGUCUAUCUCACGACCUUCGACAAGGCAGACUUGAAACAGCGGAAAGCAAUGAAGAGUAUCUUGAGUCGCCUCCAUGAAGAAGGAGAAGCGAGAGGGUACGCACCGUAUCGGUGCCAUAUUGAUGAUAUGGACCGAGUAUCCGAAUCGUUCGACUUCAACAAUCAUGCAUAUCGAAGAUUUGUAGAAAAUCUAAAGGACACAUUCGAUCCGCAAGGCAUCCUCUCUCCCGGGAAAUCGGGUAUCUGGGGUAAACGGUUUCGAGAAACCAACGGCAGCACAUAA